CAUCUGUCACUUUAUUACUGAAGCAGUUUUGAAGAGUUUGUCUUUUCAUAUUUGUGGACUGAAACCACUGAAGAUGUUUUGGAUUGUUUUGUUCUGUUUGUGUUUCUGGCGUCUGGAUGGUGCGUUUGGUGAUGAAGAGGAGUAUGUGUCAGUGAAGAAGGGAGAUUCAGUCACUCUAAACUCUGAUCUUACUGAAAUGAAGGAUGAUGAUGUGAUUCAGUGGAGAUUUGGAAACACUUUAAUAGCUGAAAUCAAUAAACGGCUCGACAGAUUCACUGUAUAUGAUGAUGUUCUUGAUGGGAGAUUCAGAGACAGACUGAAGCUGGACAAUCAAACUGGAUCUCUGACCAUCACAAACAUCACAACUGAACAUGCUGGAGAUUAUAAACUACUGAUCAACAGUGUGAAAAAGUUUUUCGUUCUCCUUGUCUUUGUUAAAAUAUCACUGCUGGAGGGAGAUUCAGUCACUCUAAACUCUGGUCUUACUGAAAUGAAGGAUGAUGAUGUGAUUCAGUGGGAGUUUUGGAUUGAAAACACUUUAAUGGCUGAAAUCAAUAAACGGAUCGACAGAUUCACUGUAUAUGAUGAUGUUCUUGAUGGGAGAUUCAGAGACAGACUGAAGCUGGACAAUCAAACUGGAUCUCUGACCAUCACAAACAUCACAACUGAACAUGCUGGAGAAUAUAAACUGAAGAUCAACAGUGUGAAAAAGUUUUUCGUUCUCCUUGUCUUUGAUGAAAUAUCAGUGAAGGAGGGAGAUUCAAUCACUCUAAACUCUGAUCUUACUGAAAUGAAGGAUGUUGAUGUGAUUCGGUGGAGGUUUUGGACUGAAAACACUUUAAUAGCUGAAAUCAAAAAACGAGUCGACAGAAUCACUGUAUAUGAUGUUCUUGAUGGGAGAUUCAGAGACAGACUGAAGCUGGACAAUCAAACUGGAUCUCUGACCAUCACAAACAUCACAACUGAACAUGCUGGAGAUUAUGUGCUGAUGAUAAAUGGAGCAAAACGAUCAUUAAAAGCUUUCAGAGUUUCUGUCUAUGACUCUGUCCACUGUUGUGGUCCUACUGAAGCUGUGAUCCGAUUGGUCCUCUCUGCUCUGGUGGGCGUGGCUACUGUCAUUCUUCUUGUUUAUGACAUCAGAUCCAGAAGAGCUGAACAACAUCAAGCACAUAUUCACACAUCAGAAACCUAAUUGUGUAAUUUCUCACAAACUGAUUUUACAUAUGUAACUUAUGAGAUUUACUUAUUUGUGGCUUUAUGUGUUCAUCUUUUUCAGGAACUAUUGAAAUCUAAAGCAGAACACUGAACUUUAAAGGUUCGAGUGUGUUUUAUAAGUAAUGAGGAUUGUUUAUGGAUUGUUCUCUUUCUUUCAGUGAUAUAUUUUUUAAAAAUGCAAUUCAAAAGGCUUUAUUGUU